AUGGCCCGGAACUAGAUCAGCAGCAACAGGGGGAGGAGCAGAAGGUGCAAGGGCAGAGAGUUUCACAUACAGAGCUGACAGGCUGCAGCUCACAACUUUGCCUUGUAGGACUUGCAAUUGAUCCCAGACAUGCUGUGCAGGCUCAGUGUUUGUGGCAGGGGAAAGCUGAGAUGCGUUCCAGCCUUGGCAUACUGUUCCUCCAGGGAGAAGCAUACUCUGCCUGACUUGCCCUAUGAUUUUGGUGCUCUGCAGCCUCACAUCAGUGCUGAAAUUAUGCAGCUACACCACAGUAAACACCAUGCUACCUAUGUAAACAACCUAAAUAUUACUGAGGAAAAAUAUGCAGAGGCCUUGGCUAAAGGGGAUGUUACAUCUCAAGUCUCUCUUCAAGCUGCACUUAAAUUUAAUGGUGGUGGCCAUAUCAAUCACACAAUCUUCUGGACAAACCUUUCCCCUAAUGGUGGAGGGGAGCCACAAGGAGAACUUCUAGAUGCCAUAAAGCGAGACUUUGGCUCCUUUGAGAAGUUUAAGGAAAAAUUCAAUACUGUGUCAGUUGGAGUCCAGGGAUCAGGGUGGGGAUGGCUGGGUUAUAACAAGGACUCUAAUAGACUUCAGCUGGCUGCCUGUGCCAAUCAAGACCCUCUACAAGGAACAACAGGUCUUAUCCCUCUGCUUGGAAUCGAUGUGUGGGAGCAUGCUUAUUACUUGCAAUAUAAAAAUGUCAGACCAGACUAUUUGAAAGCGAUCUGGAAUGUUAUCAACUGGGAGAAUGUCACCGAAAGAUAUCGGGCUUCCAAAAAAUAAAGUGCUGGGUCUGUUUUGUUCAUUACAGCCAAUUGAACACAUCUUUAGUCUGUUUCUCAAAGAAAAUAGAUAUUUCUUUCACAUAAUGUCCUCAAACUGAAUGCACUUAUUAGAUUUACAGGCCAUGUCAAAUCUGAGAGCACAUAGACGCCUGUAUAAUCACCCCUUUUUAUAGCCAGAGUUGUGUUGAUGUUCUGUUGUGUAAAUUACAUUUUGCAAUUCAAUAAUAAAGGCAGCAGCAAUGUUAA